AUGGCACAGAAUAACCCCGGAGCAGGCCACCAAAACAAGCCGGUCGAGGUAUCAUGGUGAGAAGAACCAACCGCAUGCCCAUCACGUUCAAAGCUCUUGCUAAUCUUCAACGUCACAGGUUGAAGCGAGACGUCCUCCUCUUCGCUGCGAGCAUCGGAGCCACGGCGGAUGAAUUGCACUACCUCUACGCAAGCAAUCACCUCGAAUUCUGGAGAUGCCAUUAGGUCUAACACCUUCCGCAGGAGCUCCACCCCAACUUCGCCGUCUUCCCAACCUACCCGGUGAUCCUCCCAUUCAAGAAAGCCUCACAAGAAGUCGUCGACUUCUACGCCGCCCAAGAUGCCGCACGUCCUCAGAUCCCCGGCGCGCCCAAGCUGGACAACAAGAACGUGCUCGACGGCGAGCGAAAGAUGGAAUUCUUCAAACCCCUCCCUACCACUUCCGUGGGCCGCAAAUUCGAGACCCGGGAGAAAAUAGUCGGACUCUACGACAAGGGCAAGCCGGGAAGUGUGUUGGAGACACAGGUGGACCUGGUAGACGCGCAGUCGGGCGAAGUCUACGUGAGGAUAACGGGCAGUGCCUUCUUCAUUGGCCAGGGCAACUGGGGAGGACCGAAGGGACCCAAGACGGAGUCGUUCCCGCCUCCCGAGGGCAAGAGACCGGACAUGACAUACGAGAACCCGACGACAGCAGAGACGACGGCGCUGUAUCGUCUCAAUGGGGAUUACAACCCGCUCCACAUCGACCCGCAGCCGGGCAAAGCUAUGGGGUUCGGAGGCGUGAUUAUCCACGGCUUGUAUUCGUGGAAUAACACGGCUCAUGCGCUGGUGAAGCUGCUGGGGGGAGGCGAUCCCGCGAGUAUCAAGGAGUAUGCGGCGCGGUUCGCGAGCCCGGUGAAGCCUGGGGAUACGCUUGUCACGGAGAUGUGGAGGAUGGGGAAGAAAGAUGGAGAGGGCUGGGAGGAGGUGAGAUUCCAGGUGAAAAUUAAGGGAGGAAAGGUGUGUUUGAGCAAUGGCCGGGCGAAGAUGAAGGUCCAGCUUGGGGUCAAGAGUGGGAGUAAGUUGUAG